UUUGACGGUUAGUUGCGUUUGAUGUUCGGUACGGUACGGAUGUUCUGUGGUUUUUCGCUAAUCGCAAAGGUAAAACAAAAUUUCACAUGCAAGUUCAGAUUAGGUGAAAGUAGGUGAAAUUUGGCUAGUGAAAAUUAGUGUUGGACUGUUUUGAGCGAAGCCUAAUUGUUUAGUUUUUCUAAGACUACAAAUAUUGAAAGUGACGCUAUUGACGUGUUUAUGAUUUAUCAGAGUUUUGUGUGUUUAUUCAACAUCAAUACAAUGACGGAUUUUACAUUGAGGGGUCACACAAGUAAAUAGUCACCUGAUCGGAAACGUCUUCUAUACGAGAUAAAACGAGUGAAAGAGUAAAAAUAUACCUGAAGAAAGUUCAGAAAUCGAUGUUUGCAACCGGAAAUGGCACACCUUCGAAGAAUAUCGUUACUGCUAGCCCUGGCGGUUGCCGUCAGCGAGUCGAUGCAUAUUCCGGAGGACAUGGAAAUUCUGGAUGGCUACGAUUUGGAGUCGGCUGGAACGGAAAUCAAUCCGGAAGAUGAUUUCUACGAGCAACGUAGCCUGCUGGAACCGUUCUUCUCUCGUGCGAUUCGAGACAAGCGAGAAGUUCCGUAUCGUGUUCUGGAAUCACCGGGACUGAGGAGCCACUUUAGACCGUCGUACUAUGAGGAUAUCUCCAAGAAACCCGACCAUCAGCGCACUGAGAAACGAAGUCGACGAAGUGUGGAAAAAGAUGAAGCCGUGAGCACCACAGAGGAUCCGAAAUCUACAGAUGAACAACCCAAGGCUGAGAAGCAGACCAUGCAUCAGCGAACCAUCGAAGCGUGGGGAAAAACUCCGUACCAGGUGAAACAAUCGGCAGAGGAUGAGCUGGAUUCGGAACCGGAAGCGUCUAUGAUGAACGAAGGUAUCAAGGCAAGAGCCCCGAGGGUUAAUUUUAUCACACAGAAAAAGCCGAAAGGUGAUUCAUCGGAGCAACGAGAGGAUAAAGUCAUUCCGGAGUUGUAUCGUAAACCGUUAGCUAGACUGUACUACGAAUAUCCAACCAUACCGAGAAUGUACGACUCGUUUCCCGCUCAUUCGCAGUCUCCGAUGUAUCCGAAGAUCUACAACAAAUACGACGAAUAUCACAGAGAUAUGAUGGAUCGGAUGCAUCCACCGGCUCCGCAUCGUUACGACAUGUACUACCAGCGAAGAUACGAUUCGGAUUAUGACACAUACUUCCCGAGAUACUCAUUCCCCGGCUACUACUACUAUCCGGACAAACGAUUCGACGUUCCAUCGUACUACCGUGAUCGCAACUAUCUGCUAUCAAACGACGUCAUGGAUUCGCCAUCGCCCGUCCCUCAAAUACACCUGCCGCCUCGUACUCGACGCAUCAUCUACUACGCCAAUCUACCGGAAAUCGUGCGAACUCCUCCGAACGUGGAUCUGCGCUACCGCAACUACAACAAGUUCGGCAAUCGAUUCGAUCCGUUCUAUCCGACGAAAGCCCCGAUGGGUUCGUACAAGGCAUCAUCUACGAUCAAGUAUGACGAAAGGAAUCCGGGCGAUCGUAAGGAGGAUAAGUACGUCAGCUCGACACCGAUCAAGAUCGUACGGGAGAUCGCUGCACAGCAGGAAUCUCCCGGAGUGGGCAAUUCGGCCGGCCGUAGACAAUAUUCGGUGAAUGGUGGUGGUGGCGGUGGUGGAUCCAGUGGUCGGUCCAAUAGCUACUCGGAUGGCGGUCAUCAUGAGCUGGACAGGUCGUAUUUUAGUAGAUAUCAUUAGACGGGGAGAGGCCAACGGAAUGAUGGCAAUUAUUCUUACUUGUAGGUUGUAGUGUAACAUUUAGCCGUAGAAGAUGAUAGUGUAGUAGAUGCUUGUGAUUUGAAGGUUGAUGCAAUAAAGAUAAAUUUUAAAGGCAAU